CUUCAAGAUACGAGGUGGAUAAAAUUCUGUCGAUGCCAGGGUGAAGAGAUAUAAAAGCCCCCUGGAGGGACAAGAAAAGCCCACUCUUUCCGGUCAGACUCAUCAGCUUGCUUUUUUGAGAGCUACAUUCUGGAAUUCCCAACAUGUUGGUCUUCCCCACAAUUGCCACUCUCGUGGCUCUUGCAGCCUCGUCCACCGCCAUUCUGCACCCCCGCUCUAUCACUCCCCCAGAGGGAUGUCCUAUCCCCACCUGGGAAGUUACCACCUUCCGUUGGUAUAACGGGUCAAAGAGCCUAGACUGCGUCCAUAACCAGGCAGACAUCAACUUCAAAGAUUGUCUAUGCGGCAAUGGCUGGUGUGCCCCCGACCCUGCCACCUGCAACGGCAGCAUGGUCAAUGUUUGCUGGACCGGAAUGCCCAAUUACCAACCCUGGGGAUAUGGUCCGCCUGAAACCCUUGACAUCGACUUUGCCGAUGGGUUGACCUGCCACGACGAGUACAUCGGGUAUCGAGUUCAUGACAUCGGAAACGGAGCAUCUAAUUGUGGAUACGCGGAUCGGGGCGAGGGAAGGAUCGUCUCUUUCUAUGGCAGCUCCAAUUAUGCGACUUCCACGGGGCAUAUGGACUAUGUCUUGGGAGAUGGGCAUGCGCUGGAAUGUGCAAAUGGUAGCUUGAUUACCUAUUCUGGCAGUACGGAUUUUACUUUGACAUGCACGCAUGAUCAGUAUUUCAAUGCGACAUGUACGGCGCCAGAUUUUGUUAUUCCAGUGUUGAGUUAUGAGUGGGUGUCCUAGCUUGGGCGUGAUCAAGGGGGGGCUGGAAAAGUUGGUAGUGGCUCAGCUGAGUGUCAAGUCGAUUAAACACGAUACAUGCAUGAAGUAUUGGAUAGUCAAAUAUAUGGGCAGGUUCGGACCCAUCCCUCUGGCUUUGGGUCCGAGUACGGAAAUUCUCACCAAUGUGCGCUGUAUUCAGUAUGCUUUUGCACCGCUGUUAGAUGGCCAUGUUCCAUGUUCUUUUUAACUAGUCACAGUAGCCCAUUUUACCCAAACUCGAAUAUUUGGGAGCAACACAAUGCCUUUGUUGUUGCUCAGGUACACAAUAAACA